AUGUACGCUUUCCCACAAUCGGCUCUCUCUUCGAAGGCGACCAGGGAUAUUACAUUGGCGAGUAGUUAUCUCUCCCCGGGGCAUGUUCUCGAAGACCGGGGAACGAUUGAGGACAUCCCGCGCGGUCCUUUCCACAACGAAGCAGAUUAUUAUUCCUCUCUCGCCAUAGCCCUGCGUCUCCAUGCUGAGCAACUUCACAUGGGCCACCAUGUCCUCCGUGCACCUGUUCCUGUCCCACAAGAAUACCCCGACUUCGCCAAGUACUACGCCGCCACGGAUCGCUGGAACGACCUUGUCGCCCUUGGAGGAAUGGUAAACCCGAGCACCAACCGAUUGCAGUAUUGCCUCGCGAGCGACCUCUUCCGAGAUUCUAUCAUCCCCCGCAUGGUCCGUCCCGUUAACCAAUCAGCCCCCGGCUUCCCCCUUUGCCACCACGACAUCAGCGUCCAGAACCUUUUUGUUGACGAUGACUUCAACAUCACGUGUGUCAUCGACUGGGCGUUCUCCUCAACCGUUUUUCCAGCCCAGCUAUUCGCUACCCCGGGCCUACCACAUCCCAGGGAUUUGUUGUUGGAUUUGUCCUUGGUACGUGCCUUCCGCUCCGGUAUUGAGGCGGAAAAUAAGAGAAUCAGCGGUGGCACGAUCGAGUCCAGCUACUGGAAGACCAGCCAUAUGGUCUCACGAUUCAUGCGCGUGGUCAACUUGGAUGCUUUGCAGGAUUAUGGCCAUCUUGAGGCACUCUACGCGCUUGCCGGGGGACCUGUAACUUCUGGAGUUGACGGAGACGACACCAAUAAUUUAUCAGCCACAUUGGCGAGACGAGCCACGAGCCACGAUGCACUCUCACUAGUCAGCGAGCUAGCAGCAGAUGACGAGCCUCAAAGCGAGAUCAAUCGGCGGGAGAAGCAGUAUUUCGACGCAGUUGGCGCUCAGAGACUAGCGUUGGCGCGCAAGGUGGCAUUUGCAGCCAAGAUGAACCCGCAAUUUGUGGCAGAUGGGCGGCUGUGGCGUUGGGUUUAUGAAGCUCUGGAGUACUACAACUAA